GUGUGUCACUCUGCGCUCAGUCCUCAGUCUGCUUGCGCCGGCGGCGGCAGCGGCAGGUUACCGGAGUGGAGUUACGUCACUUUGGCGCGGCUGCCCUUGUCCCCCUCCUGCAGCUGGAAGCACUGUGUCUGUCCCCGGCGGACAGUGGACCCUCCUGUCUGUACCUUGGGAACAGCGCACUGUAAGAGGACCUAAACUUCCUGACAACAGUAGAUCCCAUUUUUUUUUGUUUUGUUUGCAGUGUGUCUGGCUUAAAGGUUGUUGUAGGAGAGCCAGGUCCUGGUAAUCUGAGCUCUGUGUGGGCACAUCUGCCCCUUCUCCCCCCCAUCUGCAUUGUAUCCACAUAUACAAUAGUGAGGAUGUCCCCAAUUUCCCUUUAAAUGCAAAUCUCCCUGUCAAGACCCUGUUAGACAAUGAGGUUUGCCCAACCUCCUGCUUCACUACCAGGAGAUCAUCUACAGACCUUCCUUACCAUAAUGCCUUCUUUGGAUGGGAUGCAAAGCUGCAGAUAAACAAGUGGAAAUGAACCUUGGGUGCUGUGUGUGUGUGCUAGUGCUGUACCCAUUAAUAGGAUUAGGACUGUGAAGGAUGCAUUAAACAAGAUCACAUCUGUUUAUUUAACUCAGACCUGCUUUAGUGCUGUCUGUGCCAAUAUCUCAUUUUUAUGAUUUAUUUUGUCAUUGCUUUCUUUCGACUGCAAAUAUACAUUGUAUAUCUAUAAUUCAACCUACAAUAUUUUUUAAAAGACUUUAUACAUAUAGAUCUUAGACAUUGAAGAUAACCAUAUUAAAGAAUUCAUUAGCAAAGGAGAUAUUUUUUUUUGUUUUGUCUGGAUUCUUUUUUUUUUUUGUACAAACAUAUUGUUUUAUUCCAUUUACACCCGAUCGAAGAUGAUUCCAAGGCUUUCUCUGUAUCUGAACUGUUUGCUUAUACUGGUCUUGUUACCCAGUACUUUAGUGCUCAGUGCAUCUGAUACAACCAAUAUGGAAUUUUUCAAUGCAGUGGUUAAUAUUACUAUUCAGGAUCCAAGCACCAACUUACUACUUCAGAGGAUUGAUGGUGGACGCUAUGGUUUGGACUCCCCCAAAACUGAAGUUAAAGGAAUCCUCAUUAUGCCAAUGCCGAUCCAUGGAGUUGUUGAUCGUCAGGGCUGUGACCCACAGACACGUUUUCACGUGCCACCAAACACAAAGCACUGGAUUGCAUUUCUACAGCGUGGGAACUGUACUUUCAAGGAGAAGAUUCUUAGAGCUGCAUCCCACAAUGCCUCAGCUGUUGUGAUUUACAACAACAUUUCUAAAGAAGAACAUGUGACAAUGACACAUGCAGGAACAGGAGAUAUAGUUGCCAUAAUAGUCUCCGAGUCAACAGGUCGAGAUAUAUUGAGCUAUGUUGAGAGAAACAUCUCUGUCCUUAUGGCCAUCGCCGUUGGGUCCCGCAGUCCACCAAAGGGAUUUAGCCGCGGCUCUCUGGUCUUUGUUUCCAUCUCCUUCAUAGUCCUGAUGAUUAUUUCUUCGGCAUGGUUGAUAUUUUACUUCAUACAGAAGAUCAGAUAUACAAGUGCUCGUGAUAGAAACCAGCGCCGGCUCGGGGACGCAGCUAAGAAAGCCAUCGGCAAACUUACAACCAGAACAGUUAAAAAGGGUGAUAAGGAAACAGACCCAGACUUUGACCACUGCGCGGUCUGCAUUGAGAGCUACAAGCACAAUGAUAUUGUUCGUGUUCUGCCAUGCAAGCAUGUUUUCCACAAGCUGUGUGUGGAUCCCUGGCUUAGUGAGCAUUGUACCUGUCCGAUGUGCAAACUGAAUAUUUUGAAGGCCUUGGGAAUUGCGGCUAAUGUCCCGUGUACAGAUAAUGUAGCAUUUGACAUGGAAAGACUUACCAGAGGACAACCAACAAGCCAUCGAUCUGCACCUCCUGACCCUACAGAUGAAGGAACACUGAUCUUGGAGUCCUUGCGUUCCUCUGUAAUACCCCAACUUCCCCAGGAUGGAGAGGUUACUCCAAGGACAGGCGAGAUCAACAUUGCUGUGACAAGUAGUCUCUUUUUAUAUCGGAAUUCUCUGUCUCCAAGGAGUCUUGGCUAUGAUACAGAGCUGUCCACCAUCGAACCAUCACUUGAUAUCUAUGACGAAAACAAAACUUGAGUUGUCUUUAUCACCGAUACUCUCCAGUGACCUAGAAUUCUUACUUGGUUCCCAUCUUUAACAUCAAUACUUUCAUCUUUACAUAAUUUACUUGUACUGCCCUGUGGUGUGUCUUGUGUCUUGAGUGAAAAGCUCAGUAAAUUGUAAAAGCACAGUACCCCAUCUAUCUCACUGGUGAGAUGGCAGUUGUAAGGAAUACGAUUGGGAGAACUUGGGUCAUUUAGUUUUUGUGCAUGAAAAAGCACAAAAUGGAAGAUUGUUUUAGUUUUGUUUCACAUUCCCAUCAAACCACAUUUACAGAAAGAAACUAUUCUGUUAAUAGGGAAACCGGGAAAUAAUUGAAUUGAAAAAGUUUUUAAACUUACAAAAAGGAUAUUAAGCAGAAAUGUUGAAA